AGGAGACUUUGCAUCUAUCAUCCAUCUCAGGCAUUACUGGCAUCAUUGCUCAUGGCUUGCUUCACAAUGCUUCUGCUUCAGCUGUUGAUAAGUCUCUUGCUGAUCAGCCUUUCUCAUGGUGACGAAUGUCCUCUUCAGCUCGACCCACAGAGAGCUGUUGUGAGAUACGGCGGUUCUGUUGAAGUUACCUGUAACAAUUCAGUCGCCCAUAAAGGGAUGGGAUGGGAAGCCAGUGAGGGAGGAGUGCCUAUGACCAAAAAACUGAAUCUGAUCACAUGGAGAGUGAUAAACCUGACAGAAUGGGACAUAAAUCCAUACUGCUACAUAAACCUAAAAUAUAAAAUAGGUGAUAGUAGUCAGUGUCUAGUAAAGCUCCCAGUCACUGUUUACAAGACUCCAGACAGUGUGUCCAUCAGCACUGUGAAUCACAGAGGACCAAUGAAAGAGGGACAGCAGUAUGAGCUCCAGUGUGACGUUCAUGAUGUGGCUCCUGUUCAGUAUCUCACUGUCAAAUGGUACAAAAAUCAGACUCUGCUGAAUCAAACCACCUUCAGUGACACCAUCGAGACUCCAGAGAAUAAAACUGUCACACUCCUGAUCCGUCCAGACAGAGAUGAUGAUGGAGCUCAAUACUGGUGUGAAGCAGAGCUGGAUCUGGGAGCAGAAGGACCUCAACCUCCCCCUAAAAAUUCAUCAAAACCUCUCAGCAUUACUGUAUAUUAUGCUCCAAUAAUUCAGUUUUGUAGAGACUGGUCACCAUUGACAGGGACCUCAUUGGAUUCAUAUCCUUUAAAUUUAUAUUCUGUUGAAGGUAACCCUCAUCCAAACAUCUCCUGGAGACACAAAUCAUCACCUGUCCGUUCCUCUAUGCCUCUUACCAGAUAUGAUUCUGGCCUAUAUGAAAUCAUUGCCAGGAAUGACCUGAAUAAUGUCAGUUGUUUCAUGAACAUAACAGUCGAGUAUCCUCCAGAACUGAACUGCAACAAGAGCUAUGAAGUAAAAGAAAAAACACCCUUCAAACUUCCUUGCAAAGCCGAUGGAUUACCAAAGCCUGAAUAUUUCCUCUACAAAAAUGGGAAAAUUAUCCAGCAUGACUUUUAUCCCAAUUGGAAUGAUAGUGGCUUGUAUCAAUUAACUGCACAUAACAAACACGGAACUAGUAAUUCUACAUUCACCAUCAAGAUCCUACAUGCUCCAAUAAUUCAGUUUUGUAGAGACUGGUCACCAUUGACAGGGACCUCAUUGGAUUCAUAUCCUUUAAAUUUAUAUUCUGUUGAGGGUAACCCUCAUCCAGACAUCUCCUGGAGACACAAAUCAUCACCUGUCAAUUCCUCUAUGUUUCUUACCAGAUAUGAUUCUGGCCUAUAUGAAAUCAUUGCCAGGAAUGACCUGAAUAAUGUCAGUUGUUUCAUGAACAUAACAGUUGAGUAUCCUCCAGAACUGAACUGCAACAAGAGCUAUGAAGUAAAAGAAAAAACACUCUUCAAACUUCCUUGCUUAGCCGAUGGAUUACCAAAGCCUGAAUAUUUCCUCUACAAAAAUGGGAAAAUUAUCCAGCAUGACUUUUAUCCCAAUUGGAAUGAUAGUGGCUUGUAUCAAUUAACUGCACAUAACCAACACGGAACUAGUAAUUCUACAUUCACCAUCAAGAUCCUACAUGCUCCAAUAAUUCAGUUUUGUAGAGACUGGUCACCAUUGACAGGGACCUCAUUGGAUUCGUAUCCUUUAAAUGUAUAUUCUGUUGAGGGUAACCCUCAUCCAGACAUCUCCUGGAGACACAAAUCAUCACCUGUCCGUUCCUCUAUGCCUCUUACCAGAUAUGAUUCUGGCCUAUAUGAAAUCAUUGCCAGGAAUGACCUGAAUAAUGUCAGUUGUUUCAUGAACAUAACAGUUGAGUAUCCUCCAGAACUGAACUGCAACAAGAGCUAUGAAGUAAAAGAAAAAACACCCUUCAAACUUCCUUGCAUAGUCGAUGGAUUACCAAAGCCUGAAUAUUUCCUCUACAAAAAUGGAAAAAUUAUCCAGCAUGACUUUUAUCCCAAUUGGAAUGAUAGUGGCUUGUAUCAAUUAACUGCACAUAACCAACACGGAACUAGUAAUUCUACAUUCACCAUCAAGAUCCUACAUGCUCCAAUAAUUCAGUUUUGUAGAGACUGGUCACCAUUGACAGGGACCUCAUUGGAUUCAUAUCCUUUAAAUUUAUAUUCUGUUGAGGGUAACCCUCAUCCAGACAUCUCCUGGAGACACAAAUCAUCACCUGUCAAUUCCUCUAUGCCUCUUACCAGAUAUGAUUCUGGCCUAUAUGAAAUCAUUGCCAGGAAUGACCUGAAUAAUGUCAGUUGUUUCAUGAACAUAACAGUUGAGUAUCCUCCAGAACUGAACUGCAACAAGAGCUAUGAAGUAAGAAAUAAAACACUCUUCAAACUUCCUUGCAUAGUCGAUGGAUUACCAAAGCCUGAAUAUUUCCUCUACAAAAAUGGGAAAAUUAUCCAGCAUGACUUUUAUCCCAAUUGGAAUGAUAGUGGCUUGUAUCAAUUAACUGCACAUAACAAACACGGAACUAGUAAUUCUACAUUCACCAUCAAGAUCCUACAUGCUCCAAUAAUUCAGUUUUGUAGAGACUGGUCACCAUUGACAGGGACCUCAUUGGAUUCGUAUCCUUUAAAUGUAUAUUCUGUUGAGGGUAACCCUCGUCCAAACAUCUCCUGGAGACACAAAUCAUCACCUGUCCGUUCCUCUAUGCCUCUUACCAGAUAUGAUUCUGGCCUAUAUGAAAUCAUUGCCAGGAAUGACCUGAAUAAUGUCAGUUGUUUCAUGAACAUAACAGUUGAGUAUCCUCCAGAACUGAACUGCAACAAGAGCUAUGAAGUAAAAGAAAAAACACCCUUCAAACUUCCUUGCAUAGUCGAUGGAUUACCAAAGCCUGAAUAUUUCCUCUACAAAAAUGGAAAAAUUAUCCAGCAUGACUUUUAUCCCAACUGGAAUGAUAGUGGCUUGUAUCAAUUAACUGCACAUAACCAACACGGAACUAGUAAUUCUACAUUCACCAUCAAGAUCCUACAUGCUCCAAUAAUUCAGUUUUGUAGAGACUGGUCACCAUUGACAGGGACCUCAUUGGAUUCAUAUCCUUUAAAUUUAUAUUCUGUUGAGGGUAACCCUCAUCCAGACAUCUCCUGGAGACACAAAUCAUCACCUGUCCGUUCCUCUAUGCCUCUUACCAGAUAUGAUUCUGGCCUAUAUGAAAUCAUUGCCAGGAAUGACCUGAAUAAUGUCAGUUGUUUCAUGAACAUAACAGUCGAGUAUCCUCCAGAACUGAACUGCAACAAGAGCUAUGAAGUAAGAAAUAAAACACUCUUCAAACUUCCUUGCUUAGCCGAUGGAUUACCAAAGCCUGAAUAUUUCCUCUACAAAAAUGGGAAAAUUAUCCAGCAUGACUUUUAUCCCAAUUGGAAUGAUAGUGGCUUGUAUCAAUUAACUGCACAUAACCAACACGGAACUAGUAAUUCUACAUUCACCAUCAAGAUCCUACAUGCCCCAGUGUUUUAUGACAGCCAAGAGAAAUUUGUUAUGGAAGAAGGCAGCAAUAUAACGCUAGAGUGCAACACCACUGGUAACCCUGAACCUGAGGUGUGGUGGAGCUUCAAAAAUAGGAACAUUUCCACUGGGGGGCGCCACUUUAACAUUGAGAGAGCCACGUCUACCAGUGCUGGAGUUUACACAUGCAGUGCCACGAAUAAAUUUGGACGCAAUGACAAGACCUUCAUAGUGGAGAUAAAAGCUUUGGACUAUGUCUUUCCCAACUACAUUCUAAUUGUUGUAGUGGUAUUUGCACUGCUUGCUGUAAUCAUCAUUUUAGUGGUCGUAAUAUGGAGGAGGAGAAAAUCAAGUGGACAUUAUGAAAUAGGCAUACUUCAGAAAUGCAGCCGUUAAGCAAUGGGAGCCUUUAGUGAGUUUUAUCUUGUUUUAAUAGGUUGAAUAUGCUUAAAAUUGAAAAAAGACAAAAUAUUGGGAACAUCAUUGAGGUUACAAUAAAUAAACACAUUCUAUAAAUGUCUGUGGUGUAACCUGUAAGUUAUCUUGUCACAUGACAACAAAAUGUUUUGCGGUAUGUUGGUUAUGGUUAUUUGCUGUACAGUAUCACUCUUAGAAGAACAUUUUAAAAACUGUGGGGGUAUUCUAUAAAUUUACAUUUACAUUUUUGAAACUUUUUGAAAAGGUUCUAAUUGGAACCUUCGAUUAAAGAGGCAGUAAUGACCCUCAUCGUUCCUUCUUGAACAUUUGUCUAGAUAGCAAUAACAUUUAAAAUUAUUAUUAUUAAUUUUAUACAUUACUAAUAUAAUUUGACUAAAUAAACAGAACAUCAUGAGUGUCCAUAAACUGUUUAAUACAUAAAUAUGUAUUGCAAACAAAACAACAAACACAUAAAGAAAGAAAGAAAGAAAGAAAGAAAGAAAGAAAGAAAGAAAGAAACUAUCAAUAUCAUACAUUUAUAUACAUAUAUAUUAAUCUAAUCCAAAAAAAAAAAAAAGGCAAUUGUGGGUGGCAUACUGGUGUCGGCAUUAUGAUACAUUAAACAGUUUUCAGUGAACGUCAGGGUGUCUCUCAACUUUGAAGCAUAUUCAUUGUUGAGGAUGAGAGCUGUGUUCUCAUCAUCUGUUUCACAGAACUCCUCCUCCCCUUCCAUCAUUAUU